ACGUUAUUCAGAACUGACCGCCAUGUUUGGAGGUUUUGUACUCUUUCUUGCAAUUAUCAUAGUCUUCCACACUGCAUUCUCGACAUACGAACACCUUUCUCAUCUGAAGGCUCUCGGAAAACCGGAGGGUGCUCUGCCCCAAGAUGUCAUCUUGGAAGCGGUCGUUGGGCUAGUGUUGGGAAUUCUUGGAGCGGCAUUGAAUGCACCACCACUGAAAGGAAUCACUUGGGCAAGUGAAAUGAGGAAGAGGUCUGUGGAUGAAAUGGAUACCCGUGCAGGUUUCGCUAGUUAUGUUAAUCGAGGCAGGUACAUAUUCUCGCCUACUUCCUCGUGAACAACGACUCCGUUUGAAGUUUAUUAUUCUUAUUUGAACUUGUUCACAUACCGAAUACACAACGUAAAUGAGAACAAGGAGAAUGACAGAUCCUGAAGACUUGCUCCUUCAUACUAUGUCGUUGGCCUUUAAGCUUCAAGUUCCUU